AUGAUUACUGUAGACUAUUACUCUGACUUCUUCGAAGUGGACAGGUUGAGUGACAAGACUGCCAAGGAGGUAGUGAGCAAGUUGAAAGCAAUUGUUGCAAGACAUGGUAUUCCAGACACGUUUGUCUCGAACAAUGGACCCCCAUAUAGUAGCAAGGAGUUCAGAAACUUCAUGCAGAAGUACGAGAUAGAGCAUGUUACCAGUUCACCUGGUUACCCUCAGUCUAAUGGCAAGGCUGAGAAUGCUGUGAAAACAGCCAAAUGGUUGAUGACCAAAGCUUUGCAUGAUGAGAGUGAUCCAUACGUAGCGGUGCUUGACUGGAGAAAUACGCCGACCAAGAAUAUGGAUUGUUCUCCAGUACAGAGAUUGUUUGGUCGGAGGACUAAAACACUUCUACCAACAACAAACAAGCUCCUGAAACCCAGGGUUGUAGAGGGUGUGAAGAAUUCUCUUUUGCGAAGGAAAGAGGAGACGAAGUUCUACAAUCAUGGUAGUAAGGAAUUUGGCAAGCUCACAGGUGGUGAAAAGCAUUUCGUCGUGACAAGAAAUGGGUUAAAGCAUGUGUCGAAGGUCAAGUUGAUAUAG